AUGAAGAUGCCACUUGCCAUGAAGAGGUCGACAGUGUUUAUUCAACAAGACAAUGCGGGACCCCACGCGCAAUCGGUGAACAACUCCAUUGAAAGGCGCAUCGACGGCGAUGGGUGGACCAUCAAAAUGCGGAACCAGCCGCCAAACAUCCCGGACUUUAAUGGUCUGGACGAAAUAUAUCGAAUGUUUGGUGAACAUAACUCACAUGGCGUGAAUCAGUUGUGCGUCUGUCCAAAAAUGGUGUAG